UCGAGAAGGAGAGAGAGAAAGAGGGAAAGGGUGGGAGGGAGGUUGGGAGGGGAGCAGAAGCUCCAUUCGAUCAUCUCUGUCUCCUCUCAUUGCCUCUAGUCUCUAAUCCCUCGGCGUUUUUCUUCGUGAAGGGGGAGAAGUUGGCACCUCGGAUCAGCUCGGCGAAAAAUAGUGAAAGAAUCCCACAGCCAGCAAGAGAGGGGAGCAAUGGGACGACGAGUUAGGAAACGUGAUCGUCUCAAAUGGAGCCUGCUUUAUACCUUCGCUUGUGCCCGGGCGACAGUGACAGUCGACGACGAUCAAGCUUCUCUCAGUGGUACCUGUUACUCCCGUAUUGUCCACUGCAACCAAUCACAGCUCCACAAGAAAAUGGAUCUCUUUUACGCGGGCAACCAUAUCUCCACCACGAGAUACAACGUUGUCACCUUUCUCCCCAAAGCAUUGUUCGAGCAAUUCCGUCGGGUGGCCAACAUCUACUUUCUCCUCGCUGCCAUGUUGUCCCUCACACCUAUUUCCCCCUUCACUCCGAUGAGCAUGAUUGCCCCGCUCGCCUUUGUGGUCGGGCUGAGCAUGAUGAAGGAAGCGCUGGAAGAUUGGAAGAGAUUUAUACAAGACAUGAAGGUCAACCGCCGGAGAGGCAAUGUUCACAAGGGGGAGGGGCAGUUUGUCAACAAGCAUUGGCAGGACAUUUGUGUGGGGGAUGUCAUCAAGGUUGAGAAAGAUAAUUUUUUUCCAGCUGACCUCCUACUGCUUUCUUCAAGCUAUGAAGAUGGGAUUUGCUAUGUGGAGACCAUGAAUUUGGAUGGUGAGACUAACUUGAAGAUUAAGCGAUCACUUGAGGUAACAUUGUCCUUGGAAGAUGAUGAGGCCUUCAAGGAUUUUACAGGCACUAUAAAAUGUGAAGACCCCAAUCCCAGCCUUUACACUUUUGUGGGUAAUUUUGAGUAUGAAAGACAGAUGUAUUUGCUUGAUCCGAGCCAGAUUUUGCUUAGAGAUUCGAAACUUAGGAAUACCAGUUACAUAUACGGAGUGGUUAUCUUCACUGGCCAUGAUAGCAAAGUUAUGCAGAAUGCCACUGACUCACCGUGUAAGAGAAGCAGAAUUGAGAGGAAAAUGGACAGUAUCAUAUAUAUUCUCUUCAGUCUUCUUGUUCUCAUAUCUUUAGUUAGCUCAAUUGGGUUUGCUAUUUUGACAAAAUAUAGAAUGCCGAAUUGGUGGUACUUGCAGCCUAAUAUUACCACUAGCAUGUAUGAUCCAUCAAGACCAGCAGUAUCUGGUGUUUUUCAUCUCGUCACAGCUUUGAUUCUGUAUGGAUAUCUGAUUCCCAUAUCACUUUAUGUUUCUAUCGAAGUUGUCAAGGUCUUGCAAGCAACAUUCAUCAACCAAGAUGUUCUCAUGUAUGAUGAGGAGAUUGGAAAGCCUGCACGUGCACGGACUUCAAAUUUGAAUGAGGAGCUUGGGCAAGUUGAUACCGUACUUUCAGACAAAACGGGCACUCUAACUUGCAAUCAAAUGGACUUCCUCAAGUGUUCCAUUGCCGGAAUCUCAUAUGGUGUACGUGCUAGUGAAGUUGAAAUUGCCGCAGCUAAGCAGAUAGCAUCAGAAGCUUCUGGCACUCCUGAGCAUCAAACUGGAACUCAUGAUCCAUGGGAGGGGAAUUCGCCUCCUUAUGGAUCAUCAGAUAUUGAGUUGGAACAAGGGAUUACUUGUAUGAUAGAGAAGAUGGACAAACCUUCCAUAAAAGGUUUUAGUUUUGAAGAUGAUCGUUUGAUGCAUGGAAACUGGACAAAGGAGCCUACUGCAAGUACUAUUCUUCUUUUCUUUCGAAUACUCGCUUUGUGUCACACAGCAAUUCCUGAAGAAAAUAAGGAAAUUGGUGGCUUCAACUAUGAAGCAGAAUCACCAGAUGAAGCUGCAUUCCUUGUUGCAGCAAGGGAAUUUGGCUUUGAAUUUUGUAAGAGGACGCAAUCUAGUGUGUUCAUUAGAGAAAAAUAUUCUCAUUCUGAGGAACCUGUGGAGAGGGAGUUCAAGAUUCUCAAUCUACUGGAAUUUAACAGCAAAAGGAAAAGAAUGUCUGUUAUUCUGCGCGAUGAGAAUGGACAAAUUGUUCUUCUUUGCAAAGGUGCUGACAGUAUAAUUUUUGAUAGACUUUCCAAAAAUGGGAAAAUGUAUGAGAGUGAUACAAGCAAACAUCUCACUGAAUAUGGGGAAUCAGGAUUGAGAACAUUAGCACUGGGAUAUAGGGUGCUUGAUGAAGCUGAGUAUUCUUCUUGGAAUAAUGAGUUUAUAAAAGCAAAAACAACCAUUGGAGCAGAUCGGGAAGCACAAGUUGAUCGGGUGUCUGAUAUGAUGGAAAGAGAGUUGAUUCUUGUAGGUGCAACUGCUGUGGAAGACAAAUUACAAAAAGGAGUUCCUCAGUGUAUAGAUAAAUUAGCUCAAGCUGGUCUCAAGAUUUGGGUUUUGACUGGUGAUAAGAUUGAAACUGCAAUCAAUAUUGGAUUUGCGUGCAGUUUACUUAGGCAAGGCAUGAAACAGAUACAUUUAUCAAUUGCAAAUGCUGAACUAGUAACACAAGAUCCAAAUAAGGGUGUGCGUUUACAUUUGAUGACUGAUCAGGCGGCAAAAGAGAACCUUAUGAUGCAAAUAACAAAUGCCUUCCAAAUGAUCAAGCUGGAGAAGGAUCCAUAUGCAGCAUUUGCUCUGAUAAUUGAUGGGAAAACUCUGACAUAUGCCCUAGAGGAUGAUUUAAAGAAUCAAUUUCUAUGUCUAGCAGUAGAUUGUGCUUCUGUGAUAUGUUGUCGUGUAUCCCCAAGGCAGAAAGCAUUGGUGACAAGAUUGGUAAAAGAAGGUACAGGAAAAGUUACUUUGGCUAUAGGUGAUGGUGCCAAUGAUGUUGGUAUGAUUCAAGAGGCUGAUAUAGGUGUUGGUAUUAGUGGCGUAGAAGGGAUGCAGGCUGUGAUGGCUAGUGACUUUUCCAUUUCCCAAUUCAGAUUCCUAGAACGACUUCUUGUUGUACAUGGCCACUGGUGCUAUAAGAGGAUUGCACUCAUGAUUUGUUAUUUCUUCUAUAAAAACAUAGCAUUUGGGCUGACAAUAUUCUUCUAUGAAGCAUACACUGGCUUCUCCGGUCAGUCUGUAUAUGAUGAUUGGUACAUGAUUCUAUUUAAUGUAGUUCUGACCUCAUUGCCGGUAAUAACAUUGGGAGUAUUCGAGCAAGAUGUAUCUUCUGAAGUAUGCUUACAGUUCCCAGCACUGUACCAGCAAGGACCUAGAAACUUGUUCUUCGGUUGGUACAGGAUUAUUGGUUGGAUGUUUAAUGGUCUUUAUUCAUCCAUCAUCAUACAUUUCCUCAACAUUGAAAUCUUUCGCCUUGGGGCAUUCCGAGCCGAGGGCCAGAUAGCUGACAUGGCUGCCGUUGGAGCCACCAUGUUCACCUGCAUCAUCUGGGCUGUAAAUGUGCAAAUUUCCCUUAUUAUGAGCCAUUUCACAUGGAUUCAGAUUCUCUUCGUCUGCGGCAGUAUUGUCACAUGGUAUCUUUUCUUGUUUAUCUAUGGAAUGUCUUCACCAGUUAUCUCCGGGAAUGCCUUCCAAAUACUCCAAGAAGCCCUUGGAUCCGCACCAACUUUCUGGACUGUGACUCUUCUAGUUACUGCAGUAUGCAACAUUCCAUAUCUUCUCCAUAUUUCCAUCCAGAGGACCUUCUAUCCAUUGGAUCACCAUGUAAUCCAGGAGAUCAAAUACUACAAAAAGGAUUUGGAGGACUCUCAUAUGUGGAAGAGAGAGAAAUCUAAAGCAAGACAGAAGACUCACAUUGGUUUUACUGCAAGGGUGGAUGCCAAGAUCAGGCAGAUCAAAGGAAGAAUACAGAGAAAAGUCUCAUCAUUGCCCUUGCAUAGUGUGUGAUACUUUCUUAAUUUGAUAUCUAAUUUUAUUCCUCGACCAUUAGUUUUGUGGUUUUUUGCUCUCUCUGAUCCUAUUUUGUUUGUCCACAUUAUAUAUUCUUCUUGGGGAUGGUUUACAUAGUUGAUUGUCCCCUGAAAGUAUAAAUCCAAUUGUACCAUAUAUAGUCAUGUUAAAUUGAAGAUUUGUGGAGUUUUAGUAUA